AUGAGUUUUGCAGGUUCAGGUAUCCCUGCUUCUAAGAGUCGUGUCAUUGAGUUAAUUGCAGUUUACCGUGAAAUUUGUGUACAGGUUCCGCCUAGGCAGUGGAAGGAUGUUUUAAUGGAUCUUUCAGGUGAAGUCUUCUGUGAUGGGUUUUCUCCUGAUUGCCGGCAGAGGAAUAUGUUAGGAUGCUUUCUUGUUGUUUAUCAACCAUCACAACUCAUAACUAGUCAUCCAUCUUGCAUUUGUUCAUCAGCGUGUAACUCAUAUGCCUCAUUUCGCUAUCAUGCUAUCGUUUUACGCCUCUCCUCCCUUUUAGUGCUUGAAGGCUUCAGCGAUAGAUACGCCUCCACCACCGAAAGAUUUGAACAUCCAGAGUUUAUGUAUUUAGAUUGCAGUAAGUUUGUGUUCAAGGUGUUUGUGGAUUUUCCUCACAGAAGCUUGGAUGAAGGAAUAUUGUUUAUGAGGGAGAUUCUAUUCAGGAUUGGUGCAAAUCAACCUCAUCCUUCUGGUUAA